ACCCGUUUGGCUAACUUCGCACUUCACUAUUCUCCGUUCGUGCAAGUUCGUGUCGCUUCUGUCCAUCAGGGACUUUGCGACGUAAGCGGGUGUGUGCGAAAGUAUGAAGUGAAAUCGUAUCUAAAAGUGUGUGAUGUUUAGUGUUAGUUUAUAUUGUGCUAAAACAUAAAAAUGAGUGUGAACGGUUAAGCGUGUUUGCUACUUAUCAAUCUGAAGACAUUGUACACUCGUGUAUGUACUCGUAACAUUCUGUUUAACUGUUUCAAAAUGGCUGUGUUUUGAAGGCCCCUUUGUCCGCUUUCGUGUCUUCUUUCAGCAUGAUAGUGGGAUCAAUCAGCAAAAAAAUUAACUUGGAAAGGUGAGCGUGGACCCUAAUGUGAAUUGGCGUGAUUAGUGUAAAAAUACUUAGUGGAAAAUUACUGGUUGUCGCAGUUCUGCGUCGGUUGGUUGCUUUCUAGCGGGCGAGCGAUACAAAACGAUUGCCUGUGUACCAACGAACGUGUGAGUUUCUAAUAACCAUUUUGUGUAGUCGUUUAUAAACUGAUAAGGCAGCUGCAACUUAUCAACGUAGGCUGCUGUCUACGUAGUGAGUUCUCAGAGUUAAACGCACGAGGGAAUGCAUGUCAUGUACUCGGAGCCGUCGGCGCAGUUUCGCAACAAUCAAGCCCCGAACACACUGCCCGAGUACCAGCCGGUCGUGUCGCCGGCUCGCCAGCCCGCCAAGAAGCGACGAGUACUGAGCCCCUCGCAACAUCUGUAUAAUCACCAGCAGCACUCCCUGGAGGACAACGCCGGCUACAAGAACAAGUGGUGGUCAGAGGUCGGGGCUGGCAGCUGUGCUGCGCCCGUAGUGCAGAGUCGCGCGUGCGAUGCGGAGCGGUCCACGCCGCCAGCGCCACCGCCCGUGCUUUGCACCAGGCCUUGUUGCCGGGACGCAACUGGGGGAGAUAGCAACGUUGAUCAGCGCCGGGGGGUGCAAGCGGAGAACGGCCUCGCGGUCGGGGCGCGUCACAAAACGGCUCCUCAGGCCGCAACGACGACGGCCCACAGCAAGCAGCUGGCGGCGGGCGGGGCCAACCACCCGCCCCAGCCGCAAGCUAAUAUGUGGUUUCCGAAUACAUGUACAUGCGGAUGCGACGGACGUUGGCGCGCCCCCGAUAAAACCCCCUCCGUGACGUCGACAGGGUCCGGCUGUGGUGCUGAUGGCGACUACCAGCUCGUUCAGCACGAGGUGCUCUACUCCUCGUCCAAUAGGUACGAGGUGUUGGAGUUCCUCGGGCGAGGCACGUUCGGGCAAGUAGUGAAAUGCUGGAAGAAGGGCACCAACGAGAUAGUUGCCAUCAAGAUCCUAAAGAACCAUCCUAGCUAUGCGCGCCAAGGGCAGAUUGAGGUCUCGAUCCUGUCGCGUCUCUCUCAAGAGUCGGCGGACGAGUUCAACUUCGUGCGCGCGUACGAGUGCUUCCAGCACCGCUCGCACACGUGCCUCGUGUUCGAGAUGCUCGAGCAGAACCUGUACGACUUCCUCAAGCAGAACAAGUUCUCGCCGCUGCCGCUCAAGUACAUCAGGCCGAUACUGCAGCAGGUCCUGACGGCGCUGCUCAAAUUAAAACAACUCGGCCUGAUCCACGCGGACCUGAAGCCGGAGAACAUAAUGCUGGUGGAGCCGGCUCGGCAGCCGUACCGGGUCAAGGUCAUCGACUUCGGCAGCGCCUCGCACGUCAGCAAAGCGGUCUGCAACACCUACCUGCAGAGCAGAUACUACAGAGCACCAGAGAUAAUCCUGGGCUUGGCGUUCUGCGAAGCGAUCGACAUGUGGUCGCUGGGCUGCGUCGUGGCCGAACUGUUCCUGGGCUGGCCGCUGUACCCGGGCUCCUCGGAAUACGACCAGAUCAGAUACAUCUCGCAGACACAGGGCUUGCCCACUGAGCACAUGCUCAAUAGUGCAAGCAAAACGGCGAAGUUCUUUUACCGAGAUGUGGACAGUACGUAUCCGUUCUGGCGCCUGAAGACGCCCGAGGAGCACGAGCUGGAGACCGGCAUCAAGAGCAAGGAGGCCCGGAAGUACAUCUUCAACUGUCUCGACGACAUCGGACAGGUGAAUGUGCCAACGGACCUCGAGGGGGGUCAGCUGUUGGCUGAGAAGGCUGACAGAAGGGAAUUUAUUGAUUUGCUAAAGAGAAUGUUAACUAUGGACCAGGAGAGAAGGAUUACACCGGGCGAAGCGCUGAACCACGCCUUCGUGACGCUGGCGCACCUAGUGGACUACGCGCAUUGCAACAACGUCAAGGCUUCUGUGCAAAUGAUGGAGGUGUGUCGGCGGUCGGGCGGCGGCGUGGGCGGCGCGGAGUACGGCGGCGUGGUGGCGCCCGCCGCGGCCCCCCACCACCUUACCCUCACCCUCAACCAGCAGCGGCUGCGGGCCGCGCCAUACGACAACCUCUACGGCCUGUACCAAGGAGGUCGCGUCGGCGUCAGCGGAGCGCGACAGUACGCCGCGAGGGCCGACCCCUUCCCGCACCAGUUCGUGUCCUCCAUCCUGUGCCAGCCGGCGUACCAACUUACCAAUGUACAACAGCUCGCGGCCGCAGCUGCAGCCGCUGCUGCCGUCCACCACCAGCAUGGCGUGGCGGGCGUGGCCGGGGUGGCAGGCGUGGCGGGCGUGGCGGGGGUGGGCGGCGUGGCGAGCGUGGCGGGGGUCGGAGAGGUGGCUGAGUGGCGAGCGCCACUUAUUGUCGAACCGGCUCCACUACCUGAUCCUGACGUUUGGGAUCCCUAUCAUCCUCACCAUCCGCAUCACCAUCACUCGCAUAAAAGAUCCACGAAGCAGCAGACGAGCGCGGUGUCCCACUAUCAGCCGCCCCAGCAAACACAACAACACAGUAUGGCGAGUAGUGGGGGUAAGAAGGAACCGACUCAGCUGUCUCCGGUGAAGAAGCGAGUGAAGGAAGGCACUCCGCCGUCCAGGCACAGACAUCAACACAAUGAAAACACGAAUGGUCGAGGAUGGGAGGGAGGCGGCGCCACCAUCACCAUCCGCGACACUCCCUCGCCCGCCGUGUCCGUCAUCACCAUCUCCGACUCCGACGACGACGAGCCGAGGCAACGACAAAACGGCGGCAACGAGUGCCCGGCGGCGAGCGGGCCCGUGGCGCUGGUGGCGGCGCCGGGCGGCGUCAUCUGCAGCGCGCGCUCCCCGCGGGACGAGCGCGCCGUCAAGCACGAGCCGCACCACGCCUGCCACCACCAUACGCAGCAACAACAACAAGCGCAGCCGCAGCAGCCGCAGCCGCCGGCGGUCCCGCAGCACGCGGCGCCGGGCAGCUCCCGCCAGCAGCCGCAGCCGACGCCGCAGAGCCAGAAGAAGCGGCUGCUGGCGCUCGCCCAGCAGGAGGCGCAGGCCAAGCGCGAACCCGUCGCCGUGGACCACCAUCAUCAUUACGCAACGAAUGGUUCAACAAUACGUCAAACAAACGACUACCAGUGCAACCAGUACGUGCCGCCGCCGCAGCACAAUAAGAGGGAUAGCAGCGGCGGGUGUCGCGAGUACGUGCCGGGCCCGCCCGCAGCGCACAAGCACGCGCCCCACGCCUGGCACCACCACCCGCAUCCGCACUACAAACCGGGCAGUGGCGGCGUGCUGUCCCCGGGAGGCGGAGUGUCGCCUGGAUACCUCCCGCCUCCGUUAUACGUUCCCACCUAUCACUAUCACACGGGCGGAGUUAGCGGUGUCGGCGGAGUGGCUGGUCCUCCCCCCGCGCACCACGCCAACGCGCGGCUCUCCGGCUACCUUCAGCCCUACUCCCCCACGUACCUCGUGCCGCAGCACCACCAGCAACACCUGUGGUACACCGACUGAACUGCGCCACCAACAGCACCACACUCAGCCCAGAACCACGUGCGAACUUGCGAUAUCUCCUCCACCGACUUCUAUCCGCUUUUAAUCGUCAUCAAAGAAGCCAAUAUUAAAAGGACGAAUAACUCGCGCCGUAUUUCUCACCUGAAGUGUGGAGCGGCCUAUAAAGGGUCAUUGACACGGUGACAGUCUACCAAUAUUGGUUUCUGUUUAAAACGACCGGUUUAGCCGAUCUAAAUAGUCAAGUGCUUGUGGGUAAUGCUCGAAGGCACGUGACGAUUUCGUUUGAGAAACUCUCCAAGUGUCAAUUGCCCUUUAAAUAAAUAUACAGUUAAUGAUGAGGAUACUUCACCAGUGUGCUUAGUGCGAGUUUUUUAACGUUCUCGAUAGCGUAAAAGUUAGCCCAAUUUUGUAUGCAGUUGGAACAGCGCCCCUAGCGGCGAACGUAGGCAAGCGAUGCCAUUACAUACAAAUAUGAGCUAACGUUUACGCUAUCGAGAACGUUAAAAAACUCGCACUAAGCACACUGUAAUUUGCGUGUGUUUCGGUGCUGUAGUGACGCGAGAGUCUAGUGUCCGAGCACGAUAAUAGAUAUUAAGAAGGGAGACAAAUUAAAAUUUUAAUAAAACAAUUUUAGCAUCAGUAUCUUAUAUAUUCAAUUGAAUUUCUGCAACUGUUGAUGAUCUCUCCCUUUUGUCGUCUGUUUUCUAGCACGUUGAUAAAACUAUUUAUAAAUUUUAAUAAAGAUUCGGUGUUUUAUGUGGUAGAAUGAUAAUAAAGAUAGGACGGUUAAUAUUGUUGAGUCGACCCUCUCGGCGUCCCUCGGGCGCGGCGCCGUGUGUUUAGCUCGCGGAGGGCGCUCGAGAGUGAAAGGAACCAAUAACGAUAUAAUUAUAAUCACACUGCGAUUUUUUAAUAAAACUAUGACUAGUGUGUAAGCGCGCGUAAUAAUGUUCCUCUGGUUCCUCAAAACGUUUAUGUACAAAAUGUUUGUUCGUUUUGUGAAAUAUAUGUAUAUAUAUUUUUUUUAUUUAUACUUCGAUACGUACCCGUGUGUACCGUACUGUGACGUGUAGUUCACUAUUCGACGUUCAUUCCCCUAAAGCUGAGGAAUGCACUAGUGACUAUUGUUUUGAUUUCGUUUCAAUAUAUUCAUUACUACUACCGUUUUCUCUCGUUUGUAUUAUAUUGAUUGUAAAUUUUUGAUUUUUAUCGCUAAAGCCGAUCGAUUAGGUUGCAUUUACUAAUAAUUAUCGUAGACGUUAGUGUUGUACCAAAUCUUGUAAUGGCGAGUUGUUGACGUCGCUGCGUUACGGGUCGGGGCCGUAGUGCCGCGCGUGCGCUAGUGAUGCGAAUUAAACGCGAUUUUUUUUAUAACAAAGGACCUUAGUAGUCUCGUCAAUUAUUAUUUCAUUCGUUUAGAAUUGUAUUUAGGUCUAGUGUAUAUGCUUUCGUUUUUCGAUGUUUAGUUGUUAUUUACCGUAUUCGUAGUGUAGAGCGUUUUCCGCUCGCUUUCAUGAGCUGUGUCUAUUUAAUACUUACGUCGCCUAUUUCAUUUUAAUAGUUCUAAAUAAUUAAUGUGUAUGUUUAUUUCGUGUAGGGCGUGGUGACGGAACACUUGUAUAGAUGUUAGAUUUCAAGAAUUUUUAUAUUAAUUAGUACACACUAAUAUUUAAGGGUGUAAUAUGCAUGUAUAUUCACAUUAGAUAGAAGCCAAUUUGUUAAAAACUAAUCGUUUGAAAGUAAAUGAAAAAGAAAUAAAAAAAAUAUUAAGUAAAUAUUAAUGAUACAUAAUGCAAUUUAUUUGUACGACUGCGAUUGAUUUAUUAGUUUAAUUUUUGACUAGUUUAGUGACGCUCGGUCGUUGACGCGUUGACCUAGUGUCGUGUCUUUCGGGAUGACGUUCCCUUUGCCUACUUAUACUUUUAAAAAGCUUGCCUUUGACAGGCCCAAAUGUUAUUUUUCUCUUAAUUUCAUCAAUUAUUAUCUUAAUUAAGGAAAGUUUGUGGGUGAUUUGCCUAUUUAAAUAAUAAUAAUAAUAUAGAAGACUUUUUAUUAUUAUUUUAUGGAAUAAAAAUACAUUAGUAUUUUAAUUAUUAUUUUUUCCUUCAAUCGACACAAAUUUGUAUAUUUAGUAAUCUUAUCGUUCAUUUAUGCUUCUCGAUUUUAAUGUGUGUACAACGGCUAUUGGGUCAAUUUAAUUGAUAACAAGUAUUAAAUGAUUUAGUCAUAUCGUACAAUUUUUCAGUCAUUUAUUAACCGGUAACACCGACCAUUGUCGGUGACACGAACUUGAUAUCUAUAAUUUAAUAUAAUAAAUUUAAUUAUUUUUAAGGCUUUUAGUUGAAUAGAUAAAUGCAGUUUUAAUGAUAUUUUUUUUGUGUAUUUAAAGUUGUUUUAGCGUCAAUUAAAAAGAGAAAAACCUUUUUUAUGACAAGACUAUGGUAAUGUUAAUUUUUAUCGUAUUUAGUGAAAAAGCUUUGCUGCCCGACAAUAAUAUUAUAUUUAAGUUUCAUUUACGGUUAUAGUUUUAAUUGUUUUUUUUUUAAUAUUAAUUUUUUAAUUGUUUCAUCUCAUUUGUGGACAUCGCAUUCAAUAUGGGAAACGUUUGCAUAAUUAACAUCUUUUAAAUGAAUAAAAUCAAAAUCUUAAUUUCGCUAUUAAUAAAUAUAUAAUUUCAAAAUAUGUUUAGUAAAUGAGAUAUAAAAGACAAUUUUGUUCAAGCAAUGUUUACCUAUUCAAUGUGAUGGCCUGUUUCCUACGGAUUUUUAAUAUUAAAUGGACUCUUUAUAUUUACAAAAAUAAGUUUUAACGUAAUUAACUGACUAUGGACUCCACAAUAUUUUAUUAUUUGAUUAACGUAAUUGAAAUAUAUAGUGAAGUCGUGUGGAUUGUUAGAUUCAUUCAUAAUAAAUAUUUUCUAAUCAGUUUGAUAUUUGUAUAGGGAUUAGAAACUUAAAAUGCUAUAAUUUAAUUAAUAGUAUAUAGAGUCCAUUCAAUCCUGUCCGUGUGGAUCCAAGCGAGAUUGUCCUCAUAUCGAGGCGUUAGUCAAUGAUCUCUGUUCGAAUGUGCACAUAAUAUAAUCAUUUCACACUAAACGUAUCUUGUACAGAAAGCACUGCAAUCAUUUUACCCUCGAUACAUUUAAAAACAUUAAUUUAAGAUUCUAUCGGAGUUUUGGGUUUUUUAUUAUUAUUAUUAUUUAAGCAUAUUAUUAAUUGUAUUGAUGGAUGGAAUGUUUAAUAAUAUUUUCUUUAUCUUGUAGUAAAAAAAAAACGCUGAGAUACUGUUUAGACGUUUUGAGUUUGCCUUAUUAUCAUUAUUAUUAUUUUAAUAUUUUGCAUAUCAGGGGCAUAUGUUUGGAUAGAACUUUGUAAACUGUAUCGGUACGAUUUACUGUGAUCUUAAAUAAAAUAGAAAAAAAAUAAUAAUAACUGAUUGUGAAAUGGGUUGUUGCAAUAAAAAAAAAAUCAUUUGUAUAAAUUUUUUUGCAUUUAACCGAAUUAUUAGUGCCCCGCUGUAUGUAUAUUUAGUUAAGUUUUUUUUAGUUUCACCGUUUAAUCAACAUUGAAAUUGAAAAUGAAUAAAUUCAAUGUUAUUUACGAAUAAUUUAAUUAUUACUGGACUCGAUAUCAAUGUACAAAUAUCGUUGAUAAGAUGAUUUAUGAUAGACCAUACCGAGUGUAAUUGGACUCUUAUUGUAACAUUAACAUUCUAUAUUGUAAGGCAACAACAACAUGCAUUGAUGCAUUAUUAGGUUUUUUAUUUGAUUUAUUUAUAUAUUACUGUGAUUAUAUUUUAUUCAUAAUAAUAUGAUUGUAAUAUCGGUGAAACUACUAUAAGGCUUUGUUUUUAAUAUCACUAUAACACUGUACCGUGUACGAGAGCUAACUAUUAAAGUAAUGGGUAUUUUUUUUUGUUUUAUCUAGCAUUAUAGGCUUGUGUAACACAAGAAAAUGAUUAACAUAUUGUUUUAAAAUUCGUGUAAUUGUGGGUUAUCGGGGGGUAUGGAAUUUAUGUUGCUUAAUUUCCCUUCAAUAAUAAUCGAAUAAUUAUUAUUAUUAGAGAGCGAAAUGUAAAUAAACAUCCAAAUAUCCCUUU